GCGGCCAUCUUCCGGGUCUAUUUGAAUACGUCACCACGAACAUCAGUUGCAUAGUUUGUCUAUUAUAACAGCUGAAAUGCUACCUCGGGUUAAAGGGCGCUGGUGUGUUAUGUAACGAAUGUCUACUGUGGCAGUUAGCAUGCUUAAGCUAAUUUCCUGUUUGUCUCAUUUAGCAUAGAAGUAGCAGUUAGCUUAGCUGGUUAGCACCCAGCUUCACAAAUAGCGCAACCUCCAUUCUUCUCAGUGAAAACGUCUGACAGUCAUGGCCUCUGCUCCUCACAACUUCUCCUGGGUGGAUCAGGAUAAAGUGGCCGGCCUGGCGCUGCCCAGGAUGCCGGGUGAGUACCGCUACCUGCUGGAGAACAACAUCAAACACCUGGUGUGUCUGUGUGAGACGAAACCCCCGAACCACGACACCUGUCCGGAGCUGCAGCUGCACCACAUCAAGAUCCAGGACUUCACUCCUCCGUCUCCCGCUCAGAUCGACAGAUUCCUCUCCAUCGUGGAGGAGGCCAACUCCAAGGGGGAGGGUGUGGCGGUGCACUGCAUGCACGGCCACGGGAGGACGGGCACGAUGCUCGCCUGCUACCUGGUGAAGACCCGGAAGAUGUCGGGCAUCGACGCCAUCAACGAGAUCCGGAGAUUAAGAAGCGGAUCAAUCGAGACCAACGAGCAGGAGAAAGCUGUGGUGCAGUUUUACCAACGCACAAAGUAGAUCAAUACUCCACGUAACAGAGGUAGCAAAGGUGAGACACUCCAGGUGAAGAGAGACAUUAAACCAAACGGAUAUCGCAAUCAAACUUCCCCACUUCAUUACUGACAUUAACACAAAUACGUUUUCUGACUUAAAUAUGCUAAUGAGGCAUUAAGUCAUGCUAACUUUUGGUGAAUUAGGACACAUCUGCAGACACAAAUGUGACCUGCUCUUAUCAAAAUCAGUCACAUCGACCGCAAAACACAUUGUGUUACACACACUGUUUAAAAGAGGAGAUUGCUUUCCCAUGGUGUCCUUUAACUGUAGUUGUCCUUCAAAGUUAGCUGACUUUGUUUUUAGCCAUAGUUAUUUAAAAAGGGGGCUGAAGGCUUAAUAUUUUGGGGGAAUAGCACCCCUGGCCCCCUGUUAGGACCAACACUAGAUCAGAGAUAUACUUUUUAAUAUGAUGAGCAAACAUCCAGGCUUUAAGAGGUGUCCUUUUAUGACAUUUCUGCAUUAUAAUUAAAUAUUACUUUUGAAACUAUUAUCAAAAUAGUUUUUAAAGUUGAUUUUCAGAGGAGACGGUGAUCGCUGAAGUUGUCAUACUGUCUUUACAAGCUUCAGAAACGUAUUUUUCUUCUGAACAUGGCGAUAAAAGUUCCAUUUUCCGAAAGCCAAGACUUUUUUUAUGUGUAAAAUCUACAGUUUUUGACAUCAUUUCAAGAUUAUCUAUCAAUGCGACAUCCGACUGAUAUCGAUAGAGCGGGUCACAAACAGAAAAAGUUAGUUAAAUAAACUCCUGAAUUUUCUAGUCUCAAAGAAGACAUGUUAUAAAUGCAGAAUAGUCAAAAACCUGUAGUGUCUCGCCUAAUCAUGCAAUAAGUGCCUGAAUCAUUUGACUAAAUAAAGACUUUAUUAUCUAAGAAUAAUAAAAUACAGGACUACAGUUUAAACAGGUGAUAAUAAUUCAACAAUAUUACACUCAGUAGCUAAUACAAACAUUUCUACAGUAAAUAUUAUAGGGUGUUAUAAUUGUCUCUUAGCUCAGCACGUUAGGACUGUUCUGUUUCUGAUGAGGUUUCUGUUUACAUUCUGAAACCUCGGUUUACGCGCUGGAGGCCAGAGAGAAGAGCCGCUGGCGCUCCUUAAAGGUGAGCUGCUCCGGAGCCGGCGCUCGCUUCACUUCCUCCUGGUUCCUGAGAGUAAACAGAAAUAUAUCAGCGGGAAUACUUGAAUUUAUUUAUGGGGAAUCACUUCAUGCAAGGGGACACAAACGGGAGCCUGUACUGUCUUUAAAAUAUACUUUUUACUCAGGGAUCAAGAUUAAAACGCUAUAAUGUCUACGGAAAAGUAGAUUAGACUGAAUUUAGGAGCUUGGUGUGAGAUUAGUUUCAUUUUACAUUAAUCUGAUGGUUAUUUUCCGCAUUGAAUGUCUAUGAAAUGGUAAAAAAAAGUCCAGUUGAGUUUCUCAAAUGCCUUGUUUUGUCAAGCCAAAACUCUAUAUAUUCACUUAAAUAUGACGUUAAAGCUUAAAAAUGAAGCAAAUCUUAAUAUUUAAGAGGCUCAAAAUGAAAAUGUACUCUUUAAACUAUUAUGAAAAUAGUUUUUGAUGUGAUAUAACUUGUGCUUGAGUAGAAAUGCUGCAUUAACUGUUAGAUUUCAUUAAAUGCCAAAAAAGUGUAAACUCACUGUUUCGCUGCCACGUUGUCAACGUCUCGACUCGAUGCGCUCUUUUGUUCUGCAAAAAAGCAUGAAAAUGUUGCACCGUACGAUAAAGCCUUGAUAAUACUCUUCUGAAUAAAUUAAAUGAAUAUUUACCCGUC